AUCCUCUCUAGUCUCUAUCGUAAAUCUCACCGGAGCUCUCUACGUUGCAUCUCUCCGGCGCAUCUCCGUCGUGUUUCUCCAUAUCUAAGAAGCAGUAGAAGAAAGAAUCGGAGAAAAUGGCUGCAAUUGGGAUCGCUUCUAGGUCUACUACAUUCAUGAGAUCCAUCCAUAGAACCGCUGCUACACGAAAUUUGAUUUCAUCCAGAGCUAAACCCUCCGUCCCAAACCCUAAUUUCACUUCCCCGCGCUUCAACACUUCUUCUCGCAUCGAAGGCUCUGUUCCCAGGUUUCUACGGAGAGAAUUAAGCACACAACAACCAUUUCACAGCACCGUUGCUGCUGCUUGUCUCGUUUCGAAACUUCCUUCUGAUGUCACUUCUUAUGAAGGUAGAUUUGCAAACUAUCUCAGUCCUAUCUAGUACCAGCACUUGAAGUAGAUGGAUGGCUUAACAUCCCGGGGAUUGUUUUGCGCUAAGUUUGAUGUUUUCAAGGAUAUUCAGGUUCUUAAGUUCAAUCUGUCAACCGUAUUUGCAAUCUCUCAGACUCAGUUUAGAUUACAUUUUUUGGCAGAUGUUACUACUUCCAUUUAGUUUUACUUGGGUUUGUAUCUUAUUAAUCAAAUGAUGAUUCAACCAUAGUUAUUGUCAGAAUGUAAGAUAAGUUCUCCCGGAUUCAUCUACUCUUUUGAAUUAGAGAACAAGAUCGUUUGCGCGGGACAAGACCUUUACGUUUCUAUCUAUUUCAUUAUGUUCCUUGACCUUGUUUUUGAUUCAAAUAAUGGAAGUGUUUAAGCUUCUGCGCAUCUAUGUUAAGUAGUUUCAUAGAGAUUCUUAAUAAAGAACAAUCAAUAGA